AUGAUAUCUGCUUUCUUCCACUGUUCUGAUGGACACUUUUUCAAUUUGUCCCACAGACACGACUUCAUUAUUAUGAAUGUCAUUAACCGGCUCAUCGAUGAUGGCAAAUCUCAAAUAUUUGAUUACGCAUACAAACUCACGGCUUCCAGUGGUACAUUCAUUGUCCGAGCACUCUUUCCUGUGGAGAUCCGAAUGCACGAAAAUCUGCUCUUCGUUAAAAUAAUCAGCUACCAGUAUAACUACGCUCUAAAAUACGGUCUCGGCGAGGAUUUUGAUGGAGACAGAACGGCCUACGGCGAUCCCGAUACCAGUACCAGGUUUAGAGUUACAUGGAAGUUCAUACCUUACUGGAUAGGAGAUAGGCUGUACUUCAAGAUACGUCCCAUAGAUCUUGUCUUAUUCUUGAAACUGGGUAACUCUAGAGACAGGUCUGGUGAUCACGGAGUAUAUGGAUCUACUAACCACGACUCAGACAGGCACUUGUGGUACGUGCAACCAGUCCGACAUCAUGGCAAGCUCCUGUUCUACAUCAUCAACAAGGAGUACGACAAACUUCUGAAACUCGGCCAAUCAAGGGAUAGCGAUGGCGAUCGUACAGCCUAUGGACACUCCACUAGGGACUUUAAUCCGGACAAAUUUGCUUGGUACAUCGACCUGAUUUAG